UACAAAAGAAAAUGGUUGUGCGUCAAUGGAAGUGUUGUUUUGGGGAUAAAAAAGACAACAAUAGAGAAUCGUGAUCGUGGCGGGCUGAAUCGAACGAAAUAAAUAAUCGUGAAUAUUAACGAAAGUCGAUAUUGUGCAAAAGCGAUCAUAAUCGAAUAGGUACAAUCAUUGCAUUCUUGGACUGUAAUUUCGAAACGUUUAAAUUCGCAUAACGCACCGUAGAAUAUCGAUAGGAUUAUAAAAGAAGACGAGUAAAAGUAUAUCGUAAUAUCGAUUGUUCCACUGGACAUGUUUAGUAAUGUCGUCAGCAAAUAGUAUAGAAUCAUUGGGAUCGCUGCAAUGGGAUAUGAUCGAGUUGGCCAGUCAUUUGAGACAAGAACGUUUGUUCGUCAACUCGGAGCAACAAAAUUUACAAGCGCUAAACGAAAAAGUAUUGUACUCUUCGUCGAAUUUGGCUCAGCAGGCAUGGAUCACGGCACAGCAAAGAGUUAAUUUAAAUCGACUGAUAAUGUCUAGACCGGAUUGUACUCCGGCAUCUUGUUGUCAAAGAGCAAAUAUGUUGGAAAAUUCUCAUUUUAUCGACGCGUACAAGUAUUUACGGUAUCAAGCUUGUUUAUCCUACGGUGAAUUCUUAGGCGCGCUUAGAAAGUCUCCAAAACUUUUGGCACUAUGUUUGGUCGAAGGUGAAAAGUUGGUGCCCGAUUUGGUACAAAGCAUCGUACAGUCGUUAGCUGCCGGUUUAUACGGCAGCUGUUUAUUGCCGGAGGAUAAGACGUUGGUUUUAAAGUUACUCAGACACUUGAUGCUGCUGCAAAUCGUUCCCUCGGAUAAUCCUCGAAGAUUACUUAGACACGGGACGUGCGCUUUCUCUAGGUUUUACUCGGCUUUUCACGAGAGUUUGUUCUCGGCAAAAUUCUUCUUAACGGCUGCUCUACACAAUCCUAUUGUACAGUUAUUGAUGGAGGAUGAGAUGUUUCUCGAUAUCGAUCCAGACAAGGCACCAGUAAGGUUUCCUCCAUCGGAAAGAUUAAAGAAAUUUGGCAAGGAAGGUACUCCCGAGUACGAGUCAAAAUUGCAAUGUUACAGACUCUGGACGAUCAAUUGUUUGUUUCAUAUUACCCAAAGAUUCAUAGUGAGUAUACGAGAAAAUAUGCAUUGCUUUCCUAGCAGUGUGUGCUGGUUGGUUAAGCAGAUGGCAGGACUUUUAAGAAGAAACGGAAAUGUCGAUCGAAAAGAAGUUCAUGCGAUGUGUACCGAUUUGGUUUUUACGUAUUUUAUUUGCCCGGCGAUAGUAAAUCCGGAGCCGUACGGUAUCACCGACGCGCCUAUCAGUUACAUAGCCAGAUUCAAUUUGAUGCAAGUUGGACAAAUUCUACAGAUGCUUUCUCUGAUGAAGUAUCAAACGGUCGAUGGGAAAACGUUCGAUCUUUAUAAGAGAUUCGACAAGGAAUCCGUUUCAUCCGUAAUCGAUGCAAUGGUGGAAGGCGACGCGACGGACGAACUCGAGGACGAGCCUAACGUGAUCGACGAUAAUAAGCUUCGAGGACUCUCGCGAUCUGCCGCUUUGUUCACCGAAACCGAAUUGAACGCGCUGAUUACGUUUCUGCAAGCUAUCGCUACAGAAACUAUCGUAGAAAAUGCUUCGCGAUCAACCACCACUGUCACUACCAUCACCACUACUACUACUACUGCUACUACUACCGUUACCACCGCUACCACAACCGGCACCACCGUCACUACCACGAGCAACUUCGACACGAAACAAUUGCUCGACAUGCUUUCGCAGUUACCAUCCGGUUCUUUGACUACCAAUAAACUGGCUAAUAACGUAUCCGUCGAAACUUCCAAUAAACGGGGUGGUCUUUUAGGAAAAGGGAAAAGUCGUGGGGUUCGAGUUUCGUCGUCGUCGUCUUCCUAUUCAUCGAACGCUACCAAUGACGGUGGAGACGAAUUGAACGGUACAUCCACCCCCGAAGAAGAAUCAUCCAUCGAGAAAAAUCCUCAGGAUGUUCUGGUCAUUCCGUUUGGGCCAAACACCGGCGAAUUCGUAGGGCUUCUCAGCGAACAAAAGGUAUUGUGUACCGAACUCGGAGUCGAUAGAGAGAAUGGGACCGUUGCCAUGAAUCUUUCGCACGACGUGCCCGACGUACGCAUCAGACGAGAAAGUUGUAACGGUGGUCGUGGUAUCGGCGAUACCGGCGGCGGUGGCAGCGGUAGCGGUGCCAUCGAACGCAUCGAAACUCAGGAGAAAAGGACUCGUUUUUCUUUAUCCCACGACGAAGUUUUGUUCGAAGGUUUAAUCGGAAAUACCUCGGAUAAUUUGGAAGCUGUUUCGGAAGCCGCUUCGAAUCACAGCGUCGCUUCGUCUCUUGAAUUAGAAACGGAGGAUCAAAACGACAAUCUGUCGGACAUGGUGUCUGCGAGCGUUUCCGGCAGAGGAACGCCCAAUAUAUCGGGUCGCGAUACACCGUCGUCUCAAAUCACGGAGGGAGACGAAGGUAGAGCAGCGGGCGAAGGGCGGCAACUAGAUCUACCACCCUCGAAUAUGCCGACCAAACAAAGUCGCUCCGAAAUAGACGACAAGUUUUGCAAAUUUGAAAUAAAAAAGCUGAUAGAAGGAGAUGAAACCGUCUCGAUGGUGUCCGAUACCUGGUCCACGGAUGUUUUGGCUUCGGAUAGCGAAAUGGUCGAACAACAAGAGAAAGUACUUUACCCCGCUUCGAGUGAGCAAACGGCUCCGGUACUGUCAGCGACGAACGAAUCGGUACCGCAAGCCGUGCUAGACGUUAGCGAAACCGCGUCCGAAGCCUGGAGUACCGACGUAUUGGCCAGCGAUUCCGAGAGAUUGACCGAAGUCGAUACCGACGAUACAGCUAGCGUUGCGAGAUCCGACGACACGGCGAGGUCCGAGAUCGAGGUCGAGGCUCGCAGCGAACCAGAAGCUACCGAAGAGACGUUGACGCAAAACGUUUCUCAAAGCACCGCACCGACCGAAUGUACGACGACGACUAACCAACAAGUCGCGAUGCGAUUUCCUGCCAACGUUUCUCUUUCGCCGACCGCUUUGCCAUCUUCGGUAUCAUUUUCGAACAUGGCCGAACGGAACGCGAACGACAAAAUCGAUCAUCAAAGUACCGUGACAGAAUACGUGGAUAAAAACGCGAAUAAUAUCGGCAAUCUAAUGGAUUAUAACAAACCGUUACGAGAGGAUAGAUUAGUCUAUUUGAUAGAUAAGCUACACAUCGAGAAUGGAAAGGGUCAGGUGGAACGGCAAGCUUCGACUCAUAAUCGCAUCGGAGCCGCGGCCGUAGCUCCGACCUUGCUGUUGGCGAAUCAUAUUUCGCCGCCUAUUUUGUCGAGUGUCAAACGAUCGUCGAAUAUCAACGUGAAACCAGAGAAAUUGGAAAGCAGCGGUGUCGUUGGUUCGAUCGGAGAGACAGUUAACGAAAGCUGCGUCAUGGACGGCGUAGUUGGAUUCGGUGUCGGUACCGGAAGCUUAACGUCGAGCAGUAGCUCUGGCUCGGAAUCUCGAUCGAAAAAUGUUAAUUCGAUAACGGAGCUACCGUUAUCGGCGGCCACUUUGGUAGGUGAAAACUGUUGCGGUACGAUCGAUCUUGAACCGAGCGAUUCUCCAAAGCCAACCGCAUCUAGUGGCGCUAUACCGAAAAGUAUUAGUUUCGAUAUGACCGCGGAACGCGGGGACAAGGAAUAUUUGGACGACGAGCAAAAGAACAAACGAAGUUUUUUCGGAAAAUUAAAGAUGUCUCUGAGAAAUCGGCGAGGAAAGGCGAUUCGGGGAACCGAGGAUAUCGGCAGAUGUUAUGAUCGAGAAUCCACGGGAGAUAACGUGGAUGUAGCACGGCACAGAUUACGUAGAAUAAUGUCGGAAGACGUAACGUCGAGCGGUAAUGCGACCGGUGAUAGUACGGACGACAUCUUAGCUAAAUACAGGAGGAAACCAAGCGCAAACAGCGAUACGGCAUCCAUAGAGAGCAAUCAGUCCCGUACGAAAGAAGCGACGGAGGACGAGAGGCUUUUCAUAGACCCGAAUAACGUAGAACUUUCGUACGCGUUCGCAGAUGCGAAGAGAAAGUUACGAAUGGUACUGAGUACCGCCGAUCUUCAGCAUAUUCCUUGGAGUUCUACGUCCGAGCGAAAUUUUUGGCCUCAAAAGGAGAAUGAAUUGGUUGCCUUCUUACAAUUACAAUUGGCCGAGGCUAUCAAUUUACAGGAUAGAUCGUUAAUAGCUCACUUGCACGAAACAUUACGAUGUGUUCGAUUAUUUAACGACGACGGUUGCAGAAAACUGUUCAAAUCAUUGCGCGAAGAUUACGAAAAACGCUCGCCCUAUAUCGCGUAUUUGACUCGAUGUCGACAAGGACUACUUUCUACGUUGGCUCACUUGGACAGAUUGUGCGUUCGAGUGAAAUGCGAUCGCGAUGCUGUCAACAAUCAUCUCGUGUCAGUUUGCGUGAGAGUAUUUCUGGAGAAACGAGAAUCGCUUCUUCUGCAUUUCUGCGACGAAUUCAAGAAACUAACUUUAGCUGACGAGAAGCAAGACCUGGUCGAUAAGUUUUUGAGCAAAGUUCAUGCGAAAAUGGACAUCGAUCCGAUUUGGCAAUUAUCAAGAGGAAAAUUUCGGUUCCUAGGUGCGAGCGAGAGUCAGUUGGCGUUAGCGAGAGCGGUAGUGGAGAGAACCGUAAUGGCGCGAGUCUACCAUAACGCGCUUUACCCAAACGGAGAUGGAGAUCUGUAUAGGGACCAAUUGCUACACGAUCACAUUAGAAAAUUGGCCAAAGUCGUCACACCGAAUCACAAAGAUCUACGGAUUCCAAAGAUGUACCAUUACGAAUGUCCCUGGCCAUGGGCUCAAGCGGAACUGGCUGUGAUAUCGGCGUAUAAAACUCCUAGAGAUAAAUUGCAGUGUGUUUUUCGUUGCGCUACCACCAUCAUGAACCUACUUUCGAUGGCGACGGAGAGAGGAGUACCUGCGGCCGAUGAUUUUAUUCCUGUCUUGGUUUACGUGAUCAUAAAGACUAAUCCGCCGUCCUUACUCUCGACUAUACAGUAUGUGGAUAGUUUUUAUGGAAAUCGUUUGGAGGGAGAAGAACAGUAUUGGUGGACGCAAUUUUGUUCUGCCAUCGAAUUUAUAAAGACUAUGGAUUAACCAACUAGUACUAUCUUUGUACUACCUUUGUACCACAUAGUAACAAGAUAUCGCUGUAUCCGUAGACAUAGCGUAUCAUCAUUUUCAUCAUUGCCCUUCGUACGACUCUCCUUGUUAUCAUUACUGUAUUUUUGUAUGAUACCGUAUGUUUUCUCACGCAGUGUCCCGUUAGAAUUUAAAAUCAAUUUUUGCCGCACUUUAUUAAUCUUCAAUUAUGAAUCGGGAUAAAAAUAAUAGUGCUGCUUAUGAAUUUCAAUUGUAUUACUGUAAAAAGAAAAAAAGAAAAAAGAAAAAAAAAUUUGUCGCUCGUCGUGAAUCUUUCUAUUUUACGUUUAGCGUUUCCCAUUUAUACUUUCCCGUCCAUUCGUUACUUCCAACUUCCGACUCGGUAUGUCUAGCGGUCAUCCUGGAUAACAGUCUCUAGGGGCGCCUGAGACCAAAAAUGUUUAGCCAUCUAGCGAUAGAAAGUGCUAACUAAAUCCUGUUACUAGUUUUACCGCUCGUAUAUUGCCCUUUGCUUAUUUUUUUGUCCGAAAUAAACUGCUUUGUUUUUAAAAAUAUUUAUUCGAGAAACUUGUACAAUUUAUUGAUUCGUGUGAAUUAGGCAUAAUGCAUGUCGAUGCUCUUGUGGUAUGGCGAUUGGUGGUGACAGUUUUCUCUGACCCGCCAUUUUCCCCAAGAAAGACAGAUCUGGACUCACGUGUACACGUGCCAAACACGGAAGAUAAGAAAGAAUACAGAGGCAAAGUUAACCUUUUCAUAUUGAAUAGACGAGAAGUUCUAGCACGAUUAUUCAUAUACGACGCGCUUUGUAUCAAUUUUUUCUUGUUUUUUUUUUUUCGUUUUAGCGAUUUUCGCCAAUUUAUGUAUACGAAUUUGAAUGCU